CUGCGGGGCUGCCGCUGGAUACAUCUCGACACAUGAGCGAGACUUAAAAGUUAUUAGUUAUGAAAAGAAAUAAAGUGAUCGGGUUUAAAGCAAUAAACCAAUGAAAUGAACACGUUUACAAUAAAAUCAGCUGAAGUAGUAGCUUAGUAGUCACAACACGAUUUACUAUUUUAUCUAGUAAACGCCCUUAAGUCCAUUUUCAAUAAAAUUGCAUCCUUAACCAGACAACGCGAGGGUAGGAUAAAAUGCCAGGACACCGGAAACAUCUGAAACGUAUUAAUCUUAAGUAAAAUGCGGAAGGAGAUAUGCCACAAGUAACAGUUACGUUCUGUUUUCUCUUUUUAUAAGUUACAUGUAAAGAGCGUACAAUAUGAGUGACGACAAUGCCAUAAAAACCAGACUGCUUCAGCAGGAGUGCCACUUUACGUGGUCUUUAAGGGAAGAAGACUUUUCCGUCACUGAUUUACUGAAUCGUCUGGAUGAACAGAUUCAAUUGGAAUCCGGUGAGGCAAGAGUAACACGAGCUUACAACAGUUUAGGAUUUGUUCAUUACAUUCACGACAACCUGCAGGAAGCGCACAAAAAUCUGCAGAAAUCUGUGCAGCUCGCAAAGGAGUACUACAAAGAAAAAAGUGAUUCAUAUCUUAUUGUUACCUAUGGAAACCUUGCUUGGUUACACUAUUACAUGAAAACAUUCUCCACAUGUGAAGACUACUUGAGAUUGUUAGAGAGGAUUCACGAAACAUCUUCUAAAGAUCUCACCAAUAGCAUUUCUCUAGAGGUGCUCCGAGAAAAGGGUUGGGCGUUUCUCAAAUUCUGUCGAAAAUACUACAAUGGUGCUAAGGAGUGCUUCAGACAAGCCCUUGAAAAAAACCCACAUGACAGUGAUUUGAACGCAGGUUAUGCUAUUGCAUUGUAUCGCACAACGGAAACACCUGACUCUUUGUUAAUUCAACAACUCCAAAGAGCUAUAAAGCUUAAUCCAGAUGAUGCCGUUUUACUUGUGCUGCUCGCCCUGAGAAUGCUCCACUUCACAGACGAUGAAAAAGCAUCUCAAACUCAAGUGGAGUUGGUGAUUUCUUCCUUGUUAAAGUCUCGUGAAAAUCCUCAUGUUUUGAGAUACGCUGCACAGUUUUUCCGCCAAUUGGGAACUGUGGAUGUCGCCAUUCGUCUUCUUGAAAAAGCAUUGAAGAAUACACCAAAUUCAGCCUUUUUACACCAUCAACUGGCUAGGUGUUAUAUCAAUAAAAAUCAAACACUGAAAAUGAAAAAAGCUGAGUGUGAUGAAAAGUUUCUGAACAGAUGUAUCUAUCAUCUGGAAAGGGCAAUCACAUUGAAGCCCUCAUUCAUUGUUGCUUUGGCAGAUUUGGGUCUGCAGUAUGGACGAAAAGGUAGUUUCCCAAAAGCUGAGAAAAAGUUUGAAGAAGCAUUUAAAUUGGCCAAUAUUCAAAAGGAGCAUCUGUACAGAGUUUAUUGUUUAUUUGGCCAAUACCAGCUCCUCUGCCUUCACUCUGAAGAAAAGGCCAUUUACAAUUUCAUGCAGGGUCUAAGGCUUCAGCCCGAAUCAUCAGAGGACGAGUUGUGUGAGAGUUACCUGAGAAAGAUUGCUGAAGAUCGUAUCAAAAACACCCAAAACCCACAGGACAGCAAGGCGAGUGGAAUAUAUGGAUUCAUUUAUGAAGUGAAAGGAGAAAAACAACAAGCUGCUAAAUACUAUGAGAGAGCUCUGAAGUAUGGACCUGCUGAUUGUAAAAGCAUUUUGCUCACAGAGAUGAGGAUUUGGCUCCUGAGUUUCAACGAAGCAGAAAAAUCCAUUUUAAAUCUCAUAUUUGAUGGAGGGAGUUAUGAAGAAGGACUUUGUUCUAGUGGUAAGCUGAAGAGUGUCAAAGGCACAGUAGCCAAGAAAAAUGUAAACCUGUUUGAGAUUGACAUCUGCAAUGCCAAGAGAAUCCUUAGAUGGGAAAGAAUGGCUCUUAAUCCUGGACCUCAUGCAGUUAUACUUGCCUUUUCACUGGAGCAUGGGCAAUUCACAGAAGAAACUGAAAAGAUCCUUAAGGAUUUAGAGUUUCUUGGAGAGGAAUUCUGGAAUCGUCUUAUAGUCGUAUUUACAGAGGGAGACUGUAGCAUGAGUGAAUACCAUGGAGAUCAAGGAAGAGUAGUAGAGUGGCUUCUAGAAAAAUGUGGAAGGAGAUACUACAUCACUGGCAAAGAGUCAGAAAGCCUUCAAAAAGAGCUUUCAAAGAAGAUUAUGGAGAUGAAUUGGAUGAAUAAGUCAAUGCAUCUGCUAUUACCACAGAUGUCAGAUGGAGAUUCUCAAUGUCUCUCAGAAGACUUAACAGGGAUGGAAAUAAAAGAUGAUGAUUUGGUCACUCCCGAGAUAAUCGUUCAGGAAGGACAAACUGCAUACAGGAUAUCAUGCAGGAAUGCAGGUUGGUUCCACUGUAAGUUUACACGGCUUGGAUUUAACAUGAAAGGAGAAGGGGAGUUGCUCUACAGUACUGUUCUUCCAGAAAGUGGCACUCCAAUUCCCACUAACUGUUACCCAGCAGGUCCUCUGUAUGACAUCAAAUGUGUUCAGGGUGAACUUUGCCAACUCAGACUGCCUCACUGCGAAACCUUCAUUGAGGAUGCCAUCUAUUCAAUGUCAGUUAUUCAUUAUUCUGGUGACAGUGUUGAGGUUCUCAAAGCCCAAAAUAUCACAAGCACACAUGUGACCGUGAGCAUCCCUGGAACGUCAAGAUUCAGGAUCACAAAGAUUAUUAACUGGUUUAAGGAAAAGAUCAUGGGACAAGUGAUAGUAUUGUACCGUCAACCAGCACACAGACUGCAUGCAUUUCUACAGCCUUGUAAUGUGGAUCCCAGAAAAGUGGCUGAUUGUUUUCCAAAUUAUAAAUUAAUCCAAACAAUUUCUGAAUGUGAUCUUAAACAUAACUGCACAUACAGCAUGACCUGUGAUUCACUAGAGGAACAUGGAGCAUCCGUAGCUCCAAAAAUAAAGAUACAACCUCCGAAAAAAAAAUUCCGGUGCUCUUUUAAAGAAAGACCUCAUUACUAUCCAACAUUUGAAUUGUUUCUGCCAAAUGAUGUGAUGAAAGUGAAGUUAUCCCUAAAAAAUGAACAUUUUGAUCCAGCAAGAGUUGUGUGGAAUUGUGAAAUACACCUCGAAGAAUAUGCAACAAACAAAUCAGUCAGUUCAUCAACAAAUGAGCAGUAUAAAUCCUUUCUGAAAGCCAACAAACAAAAGCUCAUCCAAAGGGUGCUAAAUGUUGAUGCUAUUUUGGAUGGUCUAACCGAUGUUGUAGAGCAAGAACAACUCAAGAAAAUCAGAGCAAAGACAAUAAGUCAGGAAAAAAUGAGGGAACUCUAUGACAUUUUAGAAGUACGAGGGUCAAAAUUCCAACAAAGAGUUUUCACUUUGCUUCAGGAAAAUGAAAGAUACCUUAUGGAAGAACUGAUGGCAACUGCUGGGAAAUUCAGUUAAGACAGAUCAGCGCCAGCAGCCAAGUGGACAGGACAUUUUUGGGCAAAGUCCUGGCUUGUGGUCGUUCCCAACUCCUGUUGCUCUCUCAUCCUUAUAGAUUUUUUCGUCCAUCGUGUCCUGACUAAUGAACGUUUUCCCUGCCAUUGACGAGUUAUCUCAUCAAUUAAGAGAAAACAUUUCCCUGCCAAUGACGCUUCCCUAACAAGUUUUUUCCGGUAAUCUGUAAUUCCGCUGUAUGUUUUGAUAAUUAUUCUGAUCUGUAGUUCCUAAAAAUGCAUUUAUCUCAGCUUUUGCUCAAAUUUUGUAUUUUUGAAGAAACCUACCAAUAUUUAAAGGCAGAGUGCACAAUGUUUCAAAAACGCUUUGGAAAAGGGAGUCGGCCGACUACCAAAACACACUUGUAGCCAAUCAGCAGUAAGGGGCGUGUCUACCAACUGACAUCCUUGCCGGGUUUGCGUAUGUGUGGGGUGGCUCUAUUAAAAGAAGGUCCAGAUUCUAUUGGGGUAGGGGCGUGUAUGUUUAGGUGAUUUCAAAUGUCAACAUUGGCUUUCAAACAUUGUGCACUCCGCCUUUAAGAGGUUAUAAAAAGAGAACAAAUAAAGAUAUAGCAUGAAACUUUUUUGUUUGAAAGCAGAGGGUCUGUUCUUUCAUUUGAUAUAUUUGUAUGUUUAUAUUUAUAGAAUAAUUUUUUCCUGGAAGGCAUUUUUGAAAAUCACAAAAAAUGCUGGCGGGCAACUUUAAAAAAGGAAAAAAUGGCAGGGAAUGAGUUAAAAGUGACAAGUACCUUAAAAAAAACUCAUUUAUAAAGAUUAUUUAGAGAAUUGAGAAACCAACAUCAGCACAUAACCCGAUUUAUAAGCAGAAAGUGUGUGUGUGUAAUAAUGUGCAUUUUUCUUUAUUAAAUAAAUUAUUAUGUAUGUAUGUAUGUAUGUAUUUGGAAAGUUAUUAGCCCAAAUUAUUGGAAGCAUUUAACACUGAAUGAGGUGUACUCCUUUACAGUGAAACAAAAUAUUAUGAAUUUCUGAUUUUUUUUCUAUUAUUGUGAUGCACUGUGGAUAGGCUCCAUCCAUUGUUUGACCCAAGAAAGGACUAAGCGGGUUGUUAAGAACAGAUUGAUGAUUUAUAUAUAAAACAAGGCUAUACAUAAU